UUGUUAAAUUAAGGAGAGGCCGUUGAUCAGAUUUUCGUGAUUAAUCAUAUUAACGUAAUUUGCUCCAAAAGUGUAUUCCAAAAUCGAUCCUGCGAAUCAUAUAAAAAGGUGAUGUCCCGGUUAGUGAACUCUUUUAUCUGUCUUGCGCAACUAAAGCAAAAAUCAAACGAAAAAAUGUUCCAAAAUAAAACGGACACAUUACUCUUCUUGUUAUUUAUCGGCAUUUUGAUCUUCGCCGAGAAAAUCUUUGACAAUCAUCAUGCGUACAGUAUUACAAAAAUAAAUUCCCGGGAUGAGAUAUUAUUAUCUUAUCUAAUCAACUCCAUAUUUAUCAUCAGCGUAUUGAUAACAUGUCGAAUUCUUAAUACUUGGUGCAGUAUUGUACUGGUCACAAAAAAAUUAAGCGUCAAAUUUCAGGCGGACUGGAAUAUUCUGAAAAUGAAUCAUGAUUCGAUUAAUCUCGUUGAAGUUCUCUUACAUGUAAUAAUCUUUUAUAUAGUUUGUGCGAGUGUUAGUGAUAUAGAUAGGCGUAGAUAUGGGUGGGAUAAUUUAUUUGAAAAAUUUUAUGUAAAUGUGAGAGCAAAGAAAUAACUCGAUGCUGGGACUCGCAUUAAAUG